AUGACUUAUACCAUUCAACAACUCAUUGAAAUUAAUCAGGGAUGCACUGCAUUGAAAAGCGAUCUAGAUCCCUCGUACGGGUAUGUUCCAACAAAGGCAGCAGGUAUUGCAUUCUGCGUCCUGUUCGGUCUGUCUAUGGUUGCACAUACUUUUCAAUUCUGCUGGAAGCGCACAUGGUGGUGCAGUGUCUUUGCUAUCGGAUGUCUGGUCGAACUCCUUGGUUGGGCAGGCCGAACCUGGUCCUCUUAUUGUCCAUAUAACUCGACCGCAUUCAUGAUCCAGAUUUCAACUUUGAUCAUCGCCCCGACAUUCUUCACAGCAGGAAUCUACAUCCUCCUCGGCCGCUUUAUCCAGAUCUUCGGCCGCGACUCCUCCUUCCUCUCCCCGAAACAAUACCUCUGGAUCUUCUGCACAUGUGACAUAAUCUCACUAGUCGUCCAAGCAGCCGGCGGUGGUAUCGCAUCUUCCGAAUCGGACAAGAUCGGUGGAGAUACGGCCCCUGGCACGAACACCAUGGUCGCCGGUAUUGUUUUCCAAUUGGUUUCGAUUACCAUUUUCGUCGGGUUCGCAGGUGACUUCCUCCGUCGUAUUACGAGACUUGGAUAUCUGCGCUCGGCUUCCGGGUCGUUCAUUAUGCUGAUGGGUGCGAUGGCUCUCUCGGUUGUGUGUAUCUAUAUCCGGAGUAUCUACCGCACUGUGGAAUUGGCGCAGGGGUGGGACGGGUAUCUCAUUACCCAUGAAUCUUACUUUACUGGACUUGAUGGGGUCAUGAUGAUUAUUGCUGUUGUUGUUUUUAAUGCUUUCCAUCCGGGCUGGUUGCUUCCUGCUGUUGGGGAUGUUGGCUUGCCUGUUGCUCGGUCCAGUGUUGAGUUGAAGUCUAAUCGUCCUUGA